GAGCAUCAGAAUAAAGACAGAACGAACUUGAAAGAGAGUUUUCAGCGAACAUAAGAUUUCUAAGAUUAUUCAACAAAGGGAAUAAACUCGGAGAAUUUAAGAAGAAAUAACGGGAGUCGAAACUGUGAAAAUCAAGGACUUUCCUCAACUUAUCCAUCUGUGAUUUAUUUAUUUUAUUUUAUUCAGGUUGGUAAAUUCUAAUAAUGAUGUUUUCUUCAAAUAACAUGUAGCCUAUUAUAAUAUAUUUAUUACGUUUUUAUAAUGGGACUGUAAUUUUGAGACGUGCAAAUGACAAUACCUAUUUAACUGUUUUUCUACCUUCUGGUUGAAACAGAUUUCUGAGGUUUCAAGAUGAAACUGACAGGAGUAUUUCUCCUUUUGGUGCUUUGGAAUUGUGAGGGCAGCAGGUUGGCAGGUGAGUUUUUCGGAAACUUGGGGAAACAUUAUUAAAUAUUUGACAAUCAGCUUUUUAAAAUCAUCAAUGGAAUUCUUCUGUUAAAAGUUCCUGCAAUGUUUUUUAUCUGUGAACUUGAAGUUGCCAAGAGAGACUCACUACAGUUUCUCCCUUCACAGAGAGUGGAGAUGAUAACAGUGUAUACGACCUAUUCGAGCUUGUGAAAGUGAACAAGAGGCACCAAGGAGUUACCUUGGUAAAAGGCGCAGAUCCAUACAGCCCAGCCUAUAAGGUCCUGAACGCAGACCUGAUCCCCCCGGUUCCCGAGAUCUCCUUCAGGGACCUCAUUGAUUCAGUACAAGCUGAGAGGGGAUUCCUUCUGCUUGUCAACUUCAAGCAGUUCAAGAAAACCAGGGGCAGUCUUUUGACUGUGGAGAAGAAUGACGGAUCAGGACCGAUAUUCGAAAUAAUUUCUAAUGGCAAGGCGCAAACUCUGGAUGUGGUAUACUCUACCGGGAACAAGCAACAGGUAGUGUCCAUAGAAGAUGCAGAUCUAGCGACCGGACAUUGGAAGAAUAUCACGCUGUUCAUUCAGGAGGAUCGUGCCCAGCUGUUCGUGGGGUGUGAAGAGAUCAAUAUAUCAGAAAUGGAAGUGCCCAUCCAAAAGGUCCUGACGCAUGAGGUUGCUGACAUCGCCCGUCUGAGAAUCGGAAAAGGAGCUGUGAAAGACAGAUUUAUGGUAAAUAUGACUUGAUUCAUGUGUUCAUAAAUACAUAGCAAAUAAUGUUGUAAUUAUGUUUACAAAUAAAUGUUACACUUCUGAAGUUUAUAGCCUAGUCUGAGUAGCCCCAACCUCGUGGGUCGCGCACAGCGCAGCGUUUGGCGUCCACAGAGAUGUAAUAAUAUUUUACAUAAAAAUGAAAAUAGUAUGAUCCCUAAGGAAAUGUAUUGGAAAGAUGCAAACGUGUGAAUAUGGAAUAGCUCUAAAUGGAUGUGUAUGUGUGCAGGGAGUGCUUCAGAACGUGCGCUUCGUUUUUGGAACCACUUUGGAGGCAAUCAUGCGCAAUAAGGGAUGCCAAAGCUGUAAGUGUGAAUUACAAAAUUAUAAAUGUUAUUUUUGCAUUUAAAUGUUUGAAUUACUGUAUAAGUUGAUGUUAUUCAUUGCUUGUUAGUUGUAAAAAUCUAAAUGCAUUUCAUUACCAAAUAAAAUGACUAGUACUGUAAUUCUAUAUGGCCAUUAAAGUCUCUUCAGGUGGAUGUUAUUAUGCUGUUCAUGGAAAUUACUGUGUCUGUCCUCCUCCAGCUGCAACGUUGACUGAUGUCAUGACCCUGGACAACCCAGUCAAUGGGACUAGCCCAGCAAUAAGGACUGAUUACACCGGCCACAAAACCAAAGGUGAGACCAGACUUCACUCUGCAGAGACAAGAUCAGUUGCUCCUACUGGUCUGUAACAACUGUUAAUGUAAAGGAGGGAGGUGACUAACUGAUUGCUUUUCUCCUCUUUAGAUAUUCAGCAGGUCUGCGGUUAUUCCUGUGAGGAUAUUGCCAGCAUGUUCAAUGAGCUCAAGGGACUCGGUGUGGUUGUUAAGCAGCUGUCAAACGAGCUUAACAGAGUGGUAAGCACAGAAAGCAGCUGGGUCUGUGCACUGUCAUCCUCCCUCCCUCUCUAAUCUAUCUGUUCCCAGUUAAAACCUUUCCACUGCACAGCCACUUGCCCCUGGAAUGGCACACCCUGCCAGAUCAUAAUGACUGCCAUAUGAAUACACAAAUAUGUUUGGCUGUCAUUGAAUUUGUAUUUUCUUUAAUUAAAUCAAGCUAUGUGUUAAUCACAAUGUUGGUUGGUAUUUUAUUUCUACUGGAACCUUGGCUAUGUAAAAGUUCCCAUCCUAUUGUCUAAACACAUGUCCCUCUCUCUCCCUCCCCUCCUCUGUUUGCAGAAUAAGGAGAGCAAUCUGCUCAUGAACCAGAUGAACAUUCAUAGUAGGGUCUGUCUUCACAACGGUAUCGUUCACAAGGACACAGACGAGUGGACCAUGGACGGCUGCACAGAGUGUACCUGCCAGGUAGGUGUCAUCACACUUGGUGGAAUACAGUUAUUCAGUAACCCAGCCAGUAGUAAACUGUAUGAAAACCAGGCAGUAGCUCCUAAACCCCGUAAUGAGGUGUUAAUAGGCUCUUGUGUUUAGGCUCUUGUGACCAUGCAGUGUCUGUCUGCUAGCCAUCACCUCACCUCUAAUGAGAUGUUCGAGAGAAUAGCAGUAGGGGGGUUCUGCCCUGUCAAACCCCUCUCUCUCUCACUUUCUCUCUCACUAAGGGUGUUAUUGUAGUUAUCUAUUUGGCUAGGUAUCAAGAAUGUGUCUUUAAUUAGGACAUCUGUAGAGACCCUCUGUUCUGCCUUUCCCACUGUCACCGUCCUUCCCUCCAGACGCCCAGCACAUUGCUUGUCCCGACUCCAGAGCAGGUGCACAGAACUAGGAUGGUAGCACAUCGGGGAUCCCCCUACCGCAGACAAAGAUCAUCCCAAUGUCCCCAAACAUAGAAAUUAGUCCUGGCAAAGCAGCAGCCACCUUUGUGCAAUGCAAAGUUAAUGAUCCAGAUUAUUUUCCCGGCCGUCCUUGCUGUAGCCGGACAGCCUGCUCUGGAGACAAACUAUUUACUAAUCCCAGCAAUCCUCUCUACAGAACUCUGCAACUGUGUGUCGCAAAAUCUCUUGCCCCCUGAUGCCCUGUGCCAAUGCCACCGUGCCCGAUGGAGAGUGCUGCCCACGUUGUGGAACCCGUAAGUACUCUUCUACUCUUGAAACCAAGCCUGUAGCAAUAUUGUAGUACUUUUUUGUAAGGUGGAUUUGAAGUUUUCUGACAACCUGCCUAUCAGGUGUAUUUUAAUUUGCCAAAAGUCUUCCAUUUAACAUUUGUCAGUCCUUCACAUUCCCUGAGUACACCUUAGAUUGCCAGGUCUCAAAUCUCCUGGGCUAAAUUGAUUUAAAUAGAACCUGUUCUUUGAAAAUCCUUUGCCCCCUCCUGGCUGAGCACUGCAAUGUUAAUAGCUCUCCCAUUGUCUCUCCCCCCCUAGCGAGUGACUAUGCUGAGGAUGGCUGGUCCCCCUGGUCUGAAUGGACUCAUUGUUCUGUGUCAUGUGGACGGGGCAUCCAGCAGCGAGGUCGCUCAUGCGACCGCAUCAACAGCAACUGCGAGGGCACCUCUGUGCAGACCCGCGACUGCUACCCUCAGGAAUGUGACAAGCGCUGUGAGUAAACCUACCAUUUCUACUCAACAGUCUCUCUCAGUACCAUCCAUCUCAUGUGUACUGUAAUAGCACAUGAACUAAUAAUUAUGUGUCUGUCCUUUACAGUCAAACAGGAUGGUGGCUGGAGCCACUGGUCUCCCUGGUCCUCCUGCUCUGUGACCUGUGGUGAAGGAGUCAUCACCCGCAUCCGCCUUUGUAACUCCCCAACUCCCCAGAUGGGAGGCAGAGACUGCCAAGGACAGGGCAGAGAGACCGAGGUCUGUCAGAAAUCCCCUUGUCCAAGUAAGUAGAAGAGCAGCAUCUAAACACUUGUACCUAUCUAUCCAUCUGUCUGGAGAUACAGGUGUAACUCAUCUAUCUCUCUCUCUGUACUUUAGUUGACGGAGUCUGGGGACCCUGGUCUUUAUGGGACACCUGCUCUGUCACCUGUGGAGGUGGACUCCAGACUCGCCAGCGUCUUUGUAACAACCCCACCCCCAUAUACGGAGGGAAGGAAUGUCAGGGUGACGCCAAAACAUCCCAACUGUGUGGCAAAGAGGACUGCCCUAUUGGUACGAAUUUUAUUAAUAGAUUAUGGCAUUUGUUAUUUUUACCUAAAGUGUACAAAUCCAUUAUUGUUCACUAUUUUAAAAUCAAUAUGCUUCUGUCUACAGAUGGCUGUCUGUCCAACCCCUGCUUUGCUGGCACUAAGUGUACCAGCUUUCACGAUGGUUCCUGGAAGUGUGACGCAUGCCCAGUGGGCUACACCGGAGAUGGCAUCAACUGCAAGGACAUCGACGAGUGCAAGGAGGUACCUGACGCGUGCUUCACACUCAACGGAGUCCACCGCUGUGAGAACACUGAGCCUGGUUACAACUGCCUUGCCUGCCCCCCUCGCUACUCAGGACAACAGCCCUUCGGGAGAGGAGUGGAGCAGGCCACAGCCAAGAAACAGGUAAGACAAACUCUGACUACUGCAACAAAAUACACAAAUGUGAGGAUUUCUGUUUAUUCUGAUACUAGGAGGUCAGAAGCACAUCUUAACCCUACAGUACGUAUCUCUCCCUUCCCCCUAGGUGUGCACACCCCGUAACCCAUGCCAAGACGGCAGCCAUGAUUGCAACAAGAAUGCCAACUGUAUCUACCUGGGUCAGUUCAGCGACACCAUGUUCCGUUGUGAGUGCAAACCUGGUUACGCUGGCAAUGGCCACAUCUGUGGAGAUGACACUGACCUGGAUGGAUGGCCCAACAAAGACCUACUGUGUGUGGAGAACGCCACCUACCACUGCAAGAAGGUAGGAGGGAUCCCACCCCCAGCACUGCACAAAGUCUAUUCCUAGCAUCUCCACUGUGUUAUUGUGGUAAUGGCUCUCUAACCAACCCUUUUGUUGUUGUAGGACAACUGUCCAAACCUUCCCAACUCUGGACAGGAGGACCACGACAAAGAUGGGCUUGGUGACGCUUGUGAUCACGAUGAUGACAACGAUGGGAUCCCUGAUGAUAGGGUGAGAGAUCAAAACAUCCUCUCUCCCAGGACUUGGUUAUCCACAAAGAAACCAAACACAGCAAUCAGUAGGCCUUUCUCCUCUGGGCUAGAGAAAGUGUAGGAGUCAGGGAGAAAGCCAGUAGCAUAUGAACAAUGUAGUAAUGGUGUUCAUUUUUUGUAAAUUAUUAGGACAACUGCCCAAUGGUCUACAACCCCGCUCAGUAUGAUGUGGACAGAGAUGACGUUGGUGAUCGAUGUGAUAACUGUGUGCAUGAGAGCAACCCUGACCAAGUCGACACAGACAACAACGGAGAGGGGGAUGCCUGUGCUAUUGACAUCGACGGUGAUGGUAAGAGAUCAUCACUCCUCCAACAUCAGACAAUGAAGUCUCUCAGUGCUGUCAGUCAUUAUCAGGCCUUAAAAGGUGUCAUAGACUGAUAUAAGUGUGUAUUCACUUCGCAGGCAUUCUAAAUGAGAGGGACAACUGCCCUUAUGUCUACAAUGUGGACCAGAGAGACACUGACGGGGAUGGAGUGGGAGACCAUUGCGACAACUGCCCUCUUGAGCACAACCCAGACCAGGUAACUGCAGCUUUCAUCUUCUACUACAUAAGAACCCAAUCUUAUCAAAUGUCUUGGAGGGUAGUAGAACUAUAAUUUUAAAAAACGCCUCUUAGGACAGUAGCCAUAGAUUGCACCUGUGCUCAGCUUUAAUGAAAGACAGGAAUGUGAAAAUGUGAAAGCUGGGAGAAGAAUGAGUGCAAUUCUCCCCCUCUCCUUAUUCAAUCCCCCCUUCUGAAUAGAUAUGAACGUGUGUGUGUAGUCUUGGCAAGGUGCAAGGAAACAGGAUUCUUGUUUGAAGGGAAAUUGCUAGCAUACCUGAAGACAAGGGGGUACAUUUAAGGAUGAGGGAUAGAAUAGCACCUCUCAUAUUGAGGGAGAUGCCUGUUAAGUUGAGAGUGGUGAAAUACAUUCAUUAUGUCUGAGUGCAUUGAUGUAGAGCCACAUUUAUCUUAUACAAGUGUGAAAGAAUGUGUUUUUGUGAAGACUAAAUUAAUUGUGUUGUCCUCCAGAUUGACUCUGACUCAGACCGUGUGGGAGACAAGUGCGACAACAACCAGGACAUUGAUGAGGACGGUCAUCAAAACAACUUGGACAACUGUCCCUAUAUCCCCAACGCCAACCAGGCCGACCACGACAAAGACGGCAAGGGUGACGCCUGUGACCACGAUGAUGACAAUGAUGGUAUCCCUGACGACAAGGACAACUGUAGGCUGGCCUUUAACCCUGACCAGCUGGAUUCUGAUGGUGAGUCACUCUCUCCAGUAGCUCUAUCAAACAUUGGCGCCAUUCAACUGACCUAUAGAACGAUUCAUCUUGAAAGACAAAGUACUCUCUACAGAAAUGCAGAGUCACAGAGAUUACUAUAGCGUCAGCUUGUUGUCUCAAUGCAGUGUUUUCUCUGUCUCCUCCUCUUAGGUGAUGGUCGUGGAGAUAUUUGCAAAGACGACUUUGACCAAGACAACAUACUUGAUAUCUACGAUGUGUGCCCUGAGAACUUUGCCAUCAGCGAGACGGACUUCCGCAGGUUCCAGAUGGUACCACUGGACCCCAAGGGCACCUCCCAGAUCGACCCCAACUGGGUGGUCCGCCACCAGGGCAAAGAGCUAGUGCAGACUGUCAAUUGUGACCCUGGCAUCGCUGUUGGUAUGUACUGUAACAUAUAUAUAACACCUUAGGAACUAAGGAGAACAACUACAAAACGACCAUUCGUAGAUCAUGGGUCCAUUGAGAAAAGUCCUAACCAACUUCUUUGUUGUCUAUAGGGUUCGAUGAGUUCAACGCAGUGGACUUCAGUGGAACGUUCUUUAUCAACACAGACAGGGACGAUGACUAUGCUGGAUUUGUAUUUGGCUACCAGUCCAGCUCUAGGUUCUACGUGGUGAUGUGGAAGCAGAUCACACAGACCUACUGGUCCCACACUCCGACCAGAGCUCAGGGUUACUCCGGAGUGUCCAUCAAAGUGGUCAACUCCACCACAGGACCUGGGGAGCAUCUGAGGAACGCCCUCUGGCACACCGGUGACACUGCUGGACAGGUACGGUCAGCUUCAGUCCACAUUAUGAGCCUAAAGCACAUAAGAGCAUUGAGAGAAAACCACUGGGUAGGAAACAUUUCUCAUGUCUUUUUGUUAUUCCUCCUCUUAGUUGCGUACUCUGUGGCACGACCCCAAGAACAUCGGCUGGAAAGACUACACCGCGUACAGAUGGCACCUGAUCCACAGGCCCAAGUCUGGACUCAUCAGGUGAGCUCAUAUUAGCUUUAGCUCUGAACUCUUUAGCUCUUCUGCCUUUUCUGAAGCCACACAAACUCCUGCUUUCAUGUGCUAAUGAUUUCAUGUCAUCUUCCUUCCUUUCAGAGUUGUGAUGUAUGAAGGCAAGAGAAUCAUGGCUGAUUCCGGAAAUAUCUACGACAAGACUUAUGCUGGUGGAAGACUUGGCAUGUAUGUCUUCUCUCAGGAGAUGACAUACUUCUCAGACCUCAAGUACGAAUGCAGAGGUAAGAUGCUUUCAGGAAUGUUUUGGCAAACAAAAUGUUUUAUUUGCUCACGCCUUUUGAGUCCAGAUUUGUACAGGAUUUUAACUGAUUUUUUGAUUUUUUUCUUCUCUUUUUCCUCCAGAUUCU